CCUGCUGAGCUACAUAGUGGAGCUGGUGCGGUGGCAGCCUUGUGGGGCCGUAGCUGUCUGUCAAUCGAGACGCGGCGGGCGAUCUUGGGGCCCCCACUACGAAUUCUCGAAAGUUUCGCGUAUUCGAGGUUCAAGCACAGGCAGACCGCAACCUUGCCCCUCCCGCCCCCCAAAAGCUCUCCCAAACCUUGCCAAAACCGAAUCAUGCUUUACGACCUCAACAUUGCCUGGUCCCCGGGGGUACCCGCUGCGGACCUCGAGCGGACCCUCAAGUUCGCCAAAACCUUAGGCUACGAUGUCGUCGCCCUCAACCACAUCAUCUCGGGCCCGAUACCGACCCAACCGAACCCGAUCACCAACCCGGUCCCCCAGCUCACCCCCCCACACCCCUCCUACCCGGGCGGCCGCGGCCCAUUAUCAUCCUCAUCAUCAUCAUCAUCGUCAUCAUUGUCGUCGGCCUCGACAACAACAACAACAAACCGCCCCCCACCAUCCAAACCCACGACGUCCUCCCCGUCCUCCUCCCCCUCCUCCCCGUCUUCUUCCUCCUCGCUCCCCAUCACCCUCCGCCGGGCCACCCUGGUCAUAAGCGACCCGUCGACGACCAACUACCGGCUGGCCGACUACGCGCGCGCCUACGACGUGCUUGCGCUGCGCCCGACGUCGGACAAGUCGUUCGCCUGGGCCUGCCUGGGCACGACGGACCCGCCCGCGCUCGUCUCGCUCGACCUGUCGUCCCACCUCGGCUGGCACCUGCACCACCGCACCGCCAUGGCCGCCGUCCAGCGCGGCGUCCGCUUCGAGAUCUGCUACGCCCAGGCGCUGCCGGGCAACAACAACAACAGCACCGGCAGCAGCAGCAGUGGUGGCGGUGUUGGUGGUGGUUAUGGCGAAGGAACCGCCGCCGGCCCGGGCCCCGGCCCCAGGGAGAGGGCCAACUUCAUCGCCAACCUGCAGGCGCUGGUCCGCGCCACCAAGGGCCGCGGCGUCGUCGUCAGCAGCGAGGCCCGCGGCGCCCUCGGCCUGCGCGCUCCCGCCGACGUCGUCAACCUGCUGGCCGUCUGGGGCCUCGGUCCGGAGAAGGGGUUCGCCGCCCUCCGGGAGGGCGCCAGGGCGGUGGUGGUGAACGAGGGGAUCAAGCGGCGCGGGUUCCGCGGCGUGGUGGACAUUGUGAAGCCGGCCGAGGGCGGGAGUGCCGAGGCUGGGAAGCAGCAGCAGCAGCAGCAGCAGCAGCAGCAAGGACAACAAGGUCAGCAAGGGCAGAAGAGGAAGAAUGGUGAAGGCAAAGGUGCUGUAGGAGGAGGAGGAGGUGGUGGUGGUGGUGGUGGUGGUGGCAGCGGCCAGCAGGGUGAACUGAGCAAAAGGCAGGCAAAGAAACAGAGGAAGGAGGCUGCCCAGGCAAAGGCGUGACGAGUCUCAUACCAUCGACUCUUCGUUUCUUUUCUUGUUUCUGUACCAACUUCCCGCUGCCCGGCUGGCCGGCUGGCCGGCUCGCUGAUCGACUGGCAUUGCGAUACCCCUAUAGAUGUGGCUGGUGGGCGGAAUGACUUUGGAGACCAUCGACACUUUGCUUUUGUUCUUGGUCUUGCUCUCAAAUAUAUAGACAUGCCGGUUCUACCGGGCCAUGGUGGAUGGCCACCUAAUGCUAUCUACAUAUCAAAUGGAAAAAUAAAAAAAAAAUAAAAAUAAAAAAUAAAAACCGACUUCCCGUUUCCCUGAGCAUAUGACACAAAGUACAAAGGCAAUAUCACAGAAACACAACAAC